GUUUCUCCCGCUGUUUCCACUGACCGACGAGGCUGCACAUUUGUGCUUUGGGACCCGGGCAGCCAAGAUUACGCAUCCUCCAGAGGUUGGAAAUGGAGGCUUUUAAUCAUAAACUAAACACGUACAUAGACUCAUGGAUGGGUCCCAGAGAUGAGCGGAUACAGGGAUGGCUGCUGCUAGACAACUACCCUCCAACCUUUACACUAACACUCAUGUACCUGCUGAUCGUAUGGGUGGGACCCAAGUACAUGAGACACAGACAGCCGGUGUCUUGCCAGGGCCUCCUGGUGCUCUACAAUCUGGGCCUCACGAUCUUGUCCUUCUAUAUGUUCUAUGAGAUGGUGUCUGCUGUGUGGCACGGGGGUUAUAACUUCUACUGCCAAGACACACAUAGUGCAGGAGAAACAGAUACCAAGAUCAUUCAUGUGCUGUGGUGGUACUACUUCUCCAAGAUUAUAGAGUUUAUGGACACCUUCUUCUUCAUCCUACGGAAGAACAACCAUCAGAUCACGUUUCUGCACAUCUACCACCAUGCUAGCAUGCUCAACAUCUGGUGGUUCGUCAUGAACUGGGUGCCCUGUGGUCACUCCUACUUUGGUGCCUCCCUCAACAGCUUCAUCCAUGUCCUGAUGUACUCUUACUAUGGGCUCUCUGCUGUCCCGGCCAUACGGCCCUAUCUAUGGUGGAAGAAAUACAUCACACAAGGACAGCUGAUUCAGUUCUUUUUGACCAUGUCCCAGACCGUAUGUGCAGUCAUUUGGCCAUGUGGUUUCCCCAGAGGCUGGCUGUAUUUCCAGAUAUUCUAUAUGGCCUCGCUUAUUGCCUUUUUCUCAAACUUCUACAUUCAGACUUACAAGAAACACAGUGUUUCACAAAAGAAGGAGUAUCAUCACAAUGGCUCUGUUGAUUCACUGAAUGGCCAUGCGAAUGGGGUGACACCCACAGAAACCAUUACACACAGAAAAGUGAGGGCAGACUGAAGCUUGAAUAACUUCACAAUCCUAACUGUAGGACAUAUCUACUGUAUGUAAUAUUGCUAGGAGAGAUGAAGGAUUUCUUAUGAAGAAAUGUAUUAGAAGAGACUAGCUAGUUUAUUCACAAUAUACAAAAAGCCAUGUUUAUCUGAAAGAGAUUCCUAACGUUUUGCACACCGCAGCCUGUUAUUAUUCAUAUUGAAUCAAAGUUCUUUACAGUUAAGUAACAAGCAUAGCAGAGGGAAUACAGUACAACACAGCCCCAGAGACCCACUUCCUCUUAAGGCUGCACAACAUCUUCAACUAUGUCUGUCUUCAGUCUGGUGGGGACAUAGCUUUAAGCAACCUUGACCCAUACAGAAAUAACAAUGUUUUCCUAUGUUUUAAUUCCCAACGUAUGCACUUGUCUACAUGCUAGAUUUUGUCCCGAUUGGAAAAUCAAUUUUUAGGAUUCCCUUGCUUAGAGACAAGGCUGUCACAGUGUCAAAUGUGUCCACUGAGUAACUCUAUCCAUUGAGUAUGGCAACUCUCCUUAGAGAGGUUCACCUUCAUUGUAUGCAUUGUAAAUGCAUGACUCAGGAGAGCUAUAGUUUAAAACCAGUUGCAAUAAUAGAUUUGUCUAUUGUCUGUAUCAGUUGAACAGGUUUGAAAAGUAUUUGGCCAUCAAAUGGCACUGAUCAGAACAAUACGUAAUGUGAAUGAGAAAUACUAUAAAUUCACAUUUUUACUUUAGGUCUUGCUUUAGAUAUUGCUAUUGCUAUAGCAAUAGUUUACAUACAAGGACAUUUUAUGAGAGCCCUAAUCUCUUGUGGACAGAUGCAGGUAACAUAAAUCGAGCAUCUGACGCAAUUAUGCGAUUUUAGUUCUGGGUGUCUGAGAGUAUGAGAACCCUAGCUACUUACUGCACAAUAAUAUUCCUCUACAGUAGCAAUUUAGUUUCUAUCUAAUGUUUUCCCAGUUGGAAUAUUUAUUACCUACUUUAUUGCACCAUAUUAUACAACAAAAAGCCAAAAUCACACUGAUCGUGUCAUGGAUUGUGUUAAAAAUAGAUGAAGCAUGUUGAAAUAGUUAAAUGUGUCUACUCAACCCUCAGAAUUCAGCCCGAUAUGAUAUUACCGUAUUAAUGUAUGCACGCUUGACUGUAAGUCACUUUGAAUUACAGUGUCUUGUAAAUGGCUUAUUAUUAUUAUUAUUAUUAUUAUUAUAUGACAUACAUUCUCAUAUUCUCAUUAUCUUUCUGAACCCAAAGUCACCGUUUUACUGUCAUCAUCUGUAUGCUUAGAUUUUCAACCUCAUCUCCAUGGAAUGCAGAAAACAAUGAAUACAAUUAUAAA